AUGAGAUCAUCAAGCAGCUGUGAGCACGUCAGCUACCAGCGUAGUCGAUCCAUAAACUUGCAGCAACAGAUCAUGUCGAGCUACAUUGCCGUGGUGCUUGCCGCCGUGAUGGUGGCGGUUGCGGCGGCGGCGGCGCGGCCAUCUGAAGCAGCCAGGUACACGGCUGCGUCUGCCACAUCGGACGCCAACGUGCUCCGAUAUCCUGGCCGUCCGGGAGGAGCCAGGCCACGUAGCCCCAUCUUCCCUGGCUUCCCCGUAGCCAGGCCGUCGCCACCAACGUCGUCCGGCUUCCCGGGCACCCCGAGCUCGAGGUCAUCGCCGGCGCCAGUAGUGCCCGGCGUGCCGUCGGAGCCGCCUUGUCCCAGGGCAGCGCCGUCCUUGGUGCCGGGCUUCCCCGGUCUGCCUGGCGGUGGCUCCACGCCAUCGUCGCCGACGGAGUGCGUGACUCCGUUGGCGGCGCUGAUGACCUGCGGGUCGUUCCUGACGGGGAGCGAGCAGGACACGCCGACGCCGCAGAGCGAGUGUUGCAGCGGCCUCGGGGCCUUCUUGAACACCACCAGCGCGGCGGGGGACGGCGACCGGACCCUCCGGUGCCUGUGCCCGGUGAUCCUGGGGGACGUGAACAAGAUGCUCCCCAAGCCGGUUGAUCCCGUGCGCAUGAUGUAUCUGCCCAUAGCGUGCGGCGUCGUGCUCCCACCGCAGGUCCUCUACAUCUGCUUCACUGGGCAGCAAACGCCGCCGCUCGUCGGCCGCAUUCCUGACGUCUGGGAGAAGCCCUCUGCAGCUCUGUCACCGUGAAUGGCCAUCGGAGCGGAGCGGAUGCCAUCGGUGAUUGAUGAUACAGUCAUCCAUACAUAGUAUAUAGUAACGAGUCAAGAUUAUAAAUACACUAUAUAUCAUCAGAAAUUAA